AUGGAUGUCGGUCAACGUCGAUCAGUAACAGCUUCGAACAGAAGACUCUGUGAAUUAGAGAGACGUAGACGUGGAUGUGGACGUGGACGUGCUCGAGUGCAUGAUGAUGACAUGCACAUUGCCAUGGAUGAAAAUCCUAUACAUGGGGCACCAGCUAUGGAUGAUAUUGCUAUGGAUGAUGACCCUAUUGGUGAUGAUGUUGACAUUGUUGAUGAAGAUAUCCUUACUCAGCCAUUUUCGGGAGGUCCAACUGAUCCAUCAAUCCUUAAAAGUUUUAAAAGUCAUGUUGUCGCAGCUAUUUGGAAUGGUGCUGAUGAAAGGGGGCCCUUAAAGUGUCAUAAUCACUCAUCUAAGAUUCAUUCGUGGCCAUGGUGGGAACAAGGAAACAACGGUACAUUUGUAAACAUUGCGGAGAUGUCAGGACUUGCACAAUUAGCUCGUUGCACAUACCGCUUUGUCAAUAAAAUUGUAGUGUCUAGUUUUGUUGAGAGAUGGCAACCGGAGACAAACACAUUCCAUUUGACUGUUGAAGAGAUGACUAUCACAUUGGACAAUGUCGCCACUAUCCUAGGGCUUCCCAUUGUAGGCAAAUCUAUUAGCCUGCGUAAGUUGUCAGAAAGGCGGGUUGUUACAUUAGUAGUUAAUACCUUGGAAAUUGAUGAGCAAGAAGUCAAACAUGAGAUGUCUACUGCUGGAGGCAAUUCAGUGAGGCUUGAGUGGUUGAGGGUACAGUUUCAUAAUGUCACAGACAAUGAUUCAAUGGAAAGAAUUGCAUGUGCAGGUAGAGCAUACUUGCUAUUUUUGUUAGGUUGUACACUUUUUAGUGACAAGACAUGUACUAGGGUCCCCGUUGUUUAUUUGAGUUUGUUGUCCGAUUUGACGACUGUAUCUUCAUAUGCUUGGGGUGCUGUUGCAUUGGCAUACUUAUAUAGGCAGUUGGGGUACGCUAGCAGGUCCAGCGUGAAACAAAUAGCCGGUUACAUGACACUCCUUGAGGGGUGGAUUUAUGAGCACUUUCGUGGAUUCCGACCACACUUGAAUAUGAAUUACACUCGAGACAUACCACAUGUUUACCGUUGGACUUCUCAGAGAGAGUGUGGUGAAGAGAAACAGUUGCAGGCUUUUCGAGAGGAGCUUGAUAGGUUGGGUGUACAUGAUAGUUGCAGAGAUGUCCAUCCAUGUCAUCCAGUUACGUUCAACCACGGUUGCCUAAAGUGUUUGGAAGUAGUUGAACCAUAUCACCCUGAUAGAGUGUUGAGACAGUUUAGCAGAGUGCGGACAAUCCCUAAUCUACCACUUGGCCCUAUGCGUGCUUCUCGAGGAGCCACAGCUCCACGCUACAAUGUUAUGUAUGCAUAUUUGGACAUCAUUUGGGAGGCAUGGGGCAACCAUGUGUUAUCUGAUCGGAGGAGGAGUACACCGCGUAUGUCACAGAUAUAUCAUAUUACUCAUCCUUUCAUUAAGGCUGGCUAUGAGGACAAUGUUCAACAUCCUGAUAGGCUUUACUACGCAAUUGAUGCAAUCGAACAACUUCUUCAAGAUCAGCACAUUAGUGAAGCUGCGCCCAGCACAUCCACUAAGGGUCGGUCUGCACCCAGCUCUUCCACUGCACAUCGUUUUGGAGCACAUUACACUCGCCGGUCACGUAGUUAA